AUGUCCCCAAGGCCACCAAGCCCCGAUGUGACAGCGAUGAUCCCCGCCGGGGCUCCUUCUGCGAGCGGCACUGCACUGCCAUCAGCAACGUGCAGGGUGACCUGGGCUGCCACCUGCACCGUCCCUGGUCCAACCACCCCCUGUCACCCCCCAUCUUGCCUGCAGCCAUGUGUCCCCUGUCCUGCUGCCAGCAGCACUCGGAUGAGGUCUGUGAGAGCUGCGUGGUGAAAACCACCCUGACGGCUGAGAACGCCGUGGAGGCCAACAAACUCUCCAACAACUACAAGUUUGGCUUCAAGAAAUGGAAGAGCCACGUGACAGCGCGACCUUGGGAGGACCGAUCGGAGAUCGUCAAGGAGCUCUACUCUGAUCUCAAUGUCAUCAAGGGCUCUGGAGGAUCCACAGUGACGUGUGGGAACAUCUUCUACCUGCUGCUCUUUGGCUGGUGGCUCUCGUUCCUCUACGUCCUCGUGGCUGCCAUGAUGUUUGUCACCAUUGUUGGGGUUCCUUAUGGGUGAGCCAUAGGGCGGCUCUGCUGGGACCUGGCCAGGUAUUUCCUCUGGCCCUUUGGCAAAGUGAUCCAGAAAGUGGAGCAGCGUGCCGGUGCCGUGGCGUGGCUGUGCCUGGGCUACCCGGUGCUGGUGGUGGCCCAUGGGCUGGUGUGUGUCACCGCGUGGCUCCUCAUCAUCUUCAUCCCUGUGGCCAAGCUGAGCGCCCGCACCGCUGCCCGUGUCCUGCUGCUGCCCCCGGAACGGGUGCUCGUCCGGCAUCUGAGGAUGACGGAGGUGCCACUGGAGGGGGAGGUGAUCCUCUGCUGCUACCGCGCCGCCAACCCCUACUACUACAAAUACGCCGUGGACGGCAUCAACGUCUUCGCCGUCAACCUACUGCCACUGGUGUUGGUGACGCUGGUGCUGGGUUACGUGGACAGCCACAACACCCUGACCAGCUCCUCCAUCAAGUUCACGUUGGCUCUGCUCUCCAUCAUGCCUCUCUCCUACUACAUCGGGAUGGCCAUCGCCAGCAUCUCAGCCCAAAGCAACUUUGCGGUGGGAGCGGUGGUGAACGCCACGUUCGGCUCCAUCACGGAGCUCACCUUCUACAUCACGGCUCUCAUCAAGGGCUCGCGUGAGGGCAACCGCUGCUACGCCGAGAUCGUCAAGUCGGCGUUGACGGGGACACUGGUGGGCUGUGUCCUCUUCGUCCCGGGUCUGUGCAUGGUCAUCGGGGGCAUCCGGCACCAGGAGCAGCGGUUCAACAGCCGCUCAGCGGGGGUCAGCUCAGCCCUGCUCUUCCUUUCUGUGGGAGGUGUCUUUGCCCCAACACUCUUCUCCAAGGUGUAUGGGAAGCUGGUGUGUGGCGAGUGCCACAACGUCACCCAGAACCCACUGGGCCAUUACCUCUGCCACAACUGUCACUUUGACCUGAUGGGGAACAACGGCACCCUCUACUACAGUCACGUCCAACCCCUGGUGUACACCGUAUCCCUCCUGCUCCCCGCUGCCUACCUCAUCGGUCUCUUCUUCACCCUGAAAACUCACUCACACAUCUACGACAUCCACAUCAGCGACUGUCACAUGCCUGGCCACCACCACAGCGCUGUGGUCCACUGGUCUCGCUGGCGGGCGCUGGUCAUCCUCCUGCUCUCCACUCUCUGUAUGUCAGCCUGUGCUGACCUGGCCACGGAGCACAUCAGCCCCAUCCUCACCAACUCCACCAUCUCACAGUACUUCAUCGGUGUCACUGUGCUGGCCAUGGUGCCUGAGCUGCCAGAGAUUGUCAAUGGCAUCCAGUUUGCCCUGCAGAACAACCUGAGCUUGAGCAUCGAGAUUGGGAACUGCAUCGCUGUCCAGGUCUGCAUGCUCCAGAUCCCCAUCCUGGUGCUCUUCACCAUCUUCUAUCCGACCAACUUCACGCUUGUCUUCAGCGACCUCCACGUCUAUGCCAGCAUGUUCAGCGUGGUGCUCAUGAACUACAUCUUCAUGGAUGGCAAAUGUGACUACUUCCAAGGCACGGUGUUGGUGAUGGUCUACUUCAUCCUCCUGGCUGUCUAUUUCUUCGCCCCAUCGCCCAGUGGUUGCUGA